AUGGGUCGCCAUCUCCAUUUGCAAAUCCCAACUUUCCGGCAAGAACCAGACUACAAUAUGUGCGUAUGUCUAAUCGGUACAUUACAUUUACUAGCGUCCUAUCUGCCGUUCAGCAAUCCCAAUAGAAGCGGUGAAGAACCUACAUCUUCUGAGACAGAUUCAGACGAUGAAUACGCGGCGUUGAGCGAGGUUGGAGCUCCUGAACCUGUCGAUAGAGAACAGCACCCAUACCACUCGGAGAUCAAUCUCGAACAGGCACUUUCACUUAGUGGCUCAGAUAUUUUCAGCCAUUUGAGUGAAGUGUGUGCCCCAUCGCCAGUACCUCGAGAAGACAACUCCCUCUACCGCCGAGCAAGCCUCGAAGAUCAUCUCUCUGCACUACGGAAGCACCAUCAUAAGAGCCACUAG